AUGCGCCGAACGAUGAAGGAAGAAUCCAGCUUGGGGACCAGCAGCCUGGAGAAGGUGAGGAGGGACUCCAGCCAGGAGAAGCUGCAGGUGAAGCUCUGCAGUGGGUCCUGCCACGCCGAGCAGAUCCUCCAGACCCUCAACUCCUACCGCCGGAGCGGCAUCUUCACCGACGUGGUGCUGCUGAUCGACGGGCAGGAGUUCCCCUGCCACCGUGCCACCCUCUCAGCCAACAGCACCUACUUCAGGGCCAUGUUUGGUGGCAACCUCAAGGAAGGCCACCAGGACAUUGUCAACAUCCAGAAGAUCUCCGCCUCCGCCAUGUCUCUGCUGCUUGACUACAUGUACGGGGGGGACCUCGUCAUCCAGGAGGACAACGUUGAAGGCAUCUUGGAGCUGGCUGACCUGCUGCAGAUCUCCAAGCUGAGGGAUGCCUGUGCCACCUUCCUGGAAGGCCAGCUCCACCCUUGCAACUGCUUGGGCAUGAUGAAGUUUGCCGAUUCCUUCUCCAUCACCUCGCUGGCAGAAAAGAGCAAGAGGUUCAUGCUGGAGUGUUUUGUGGAGGUGUCCCACCACCAGGAGUUCCUGGAGAUGGGCGUGAAGGAGCUGGUGGAGUAUCUGUCUGAGGAGCAGCUGGUGGUGCCCAAGGAGGAGGUGGUCUUCGAGGCGGUCAUGCGCUGGGUGCGCCACGACGUGCCCGGCAGGAAGGCAGCUCUGAAGGACCUCCUGGAGCAUGUGAGGUUGCCCUUGCUGGAUCCCACCUACUUCCUGGAGAAGGUGGAAAUGGAUGGACUCAUCCAGGACUCCAAGGAGUGCAUUCCUCUGCUGCAUGAGGCUCGCAAGUACUACAUCCUUGGGAACGAGGUCAGCUCUUUGAGGUCAAGACCCAGAAGGUUCAUGGAGUUGGCAGAAGUCAUCAUUGUCAUUGGAGGCUGUGAUAAGAAAGGCCUUCUGAAGCUGCCCUUCACUGACCUCUACCACCCAAAGAGCAGGCAGUGGACAGCCCUCUCCAGCCUGCCUGGCUACACCAAGUCAGAGUUUGCUGCCUGCACGCUGAAGAACGAUGUCUACAUAUCAGGAGGACACAUCAGCAGCAAUGAUGUCUGGGUGCUGAGCUCCCAGCUGAAUGUCUGGAUCAAGGUUGCUUGCCUGCAGAAAGGUCGAUGGAGGCACAAGAUGGCAACGCUUCAGGGCAAGAUCUACGCCGUGGGAGGCUUUGAUGGCUUUGGCCGCCUCUCCAGCGUGGAGUGCUAUGAUACCUUCUCCAACAGCUGGGCAACCUUGGCCCCCCUGCCUCAAGCUGUGAGCUCAGCAGCUGUGGUCUCCUGCCUGAACAAGCUCUACGUGCUGGGGGGUGCUGUGGAUGACACCACGAACACCGACAAGGUCCAGUGCUAUGAUCCAGAGGACAACAAGUGGACACUCUUGUCUCCCACCCCUUUUUACCAGAGGUGCAUCAGUGCUGUCUGCUUGGACAACAUCAUUUAUGUUGUAGGUGGACUCCUCAGUAAAAUCUUCAGCUAUGAUCCAAGGAAUGACAGCUGGCAAGAAGUAGCCACCCUCCCUGGACCUCUGGAGAGCUGUGGCCUGACAGUGUGUGGAGGGAAGAUCUACAUCCUGGGGGGCCGGGAUGAGAACGGGGAAGGCACAGACAAGGCCUUCACCUUCGACCCUGUGUCGGGGGGCCUGGAGCAGCAGCCCCCCCUGCAGCGCUGCACCAGCUACCAUGGCUGUGUCACCAUCCUCCAGCGCAUGAGCAGAUGA